AUGACGAUAUCUCCGCCCGGGUCGCCCGCUGCCCCAACGCCGACAACACGGCCUAUGAGUGCUAUUAUUCGUCCUCCGAGGAGCAUGAGUCGCAUGAGCACCGGAAGCAGACCUGGCGACAGUCGCGCCUCGGAUGAGGAGAGCAAGACAGCCGUCAAAGUUGCUGUACGUGUGCGGCCACCGUUGAGACCAACCGACCCCGGUUACGAAUUGAUCCCUCAACGAUUUCAGCGAUCAAUGGUCCAUGUGACUUCACCGACCAGCCUAGCCGUUGAUGUUCCUCAGGGACGCAAGUUGUUUGUGUUCGACCGUGUUUUCCCAGAGAGCACAGACCAAGAAGGAAUAUGGGAAUACCUCAGCGACAGUGUCAACUCUUUCACGCAGGGCUACAAUGUCUCGAUUCUUGCCUAUGGCCAAUCUGGUGCGGGUAAAUCAUAUACGAUGGGAACAUCUGGUCCUGGUGAACAAAACGACACUCGUGCUAUGGGAAUCAUUCCACGAGCAGCGCAGCUCUUGUUUGAGAGACUAGACGGCCCUAAACAUAGUCGAACACAGUCAUCCGGCCUUCGCACACCGGCUCGAUAUUCCAUGAGCUCGCCACAGAGCUUCAACAGAAGCCCUGUGGAAAAGACAUGGCAGCUAAAGGCAACAUACGUUGAAAUCUACAACGAACAACUUCGAGAUCUACUGCUCCCAGAUACGACACCUGUUGGGGAUCGCAGCACCGUUACAAUUCGCGAAGACGCCAAAGGCAGAAUUAUUUUGACUGGGCUUCAUCAGGUGGAUAUCAACUCCUUCGACGACUUGAUCGGCGCUCUCAACUUCGGCUCCAGCAUUCGUCAAACCGACGCGACCGCGAUCAAUGCGAAAUCCUCACGUUCCCACGCUGUCUUUAGCUUGAACCUGGUACAACGCAAGUCACCCGCCCAAACUAUGACCGCAAAGGAGAAGCGCAUGUCUGUGCCCGUAGAAGCUCUGACAUCAUCGGAUGCAAUCGUCACCGUAGACAGCAAGCUUCAUUUCGUGGAUCUUGCUGGAAGCGAACGUCUCAAGAACACUGGUGCUAUCGGUGAAAGGGCUAAGGAAGGUAUCUCCAUCAAUGCUGGACUGGCCAGUCUGGGAAAAGUCAUCUCCCAGCUAUCUUCUCGACAGUCUGGUGCUCACGUUUCAUAUCGUGAUUCCAAAUUAACUCGUCUGCUUCAAGACUCACUUGGUGGAACCGCCAUUACGUACAUGGUUGCCUGCGUGACACCAGCUGAAUUCCAUCUAAGCGAAACCUUGAACACCGUUCAAUAUGCGCAAAGAGCUAGGGCGAUUCAGAGUAAGCCUCGCAUCCAGCAAAUCACAGAUGAAAGCGACAAACAAGCCGUCAUUGAACGCCUCAAGGCAGAAAUUGCAUUCUUGCGUCAACAGAUUCGAAAUUCCGAGACUGGAGAUAGAAAGAGCGUUGUUCAGCCUGAGCGAAGCGAGCGUUCGAGCGAUAGGGAAAUGGAACUACAGAACCAUUUGCUGGAUAUGCAAGAAAGCUACACUUCCCUGAGCCAGCGUCACGCGAAGCUCAUCUCAGAGCUCAGUAAGGCCUCAGACCUUCAAACAGAAGACCCCGAUGAACUUGCUGCCGCUAUUGAAAACAGCUCAAUUGAGAGACUGAAACGCUCUCAUUCCUUUGCCGAGUCUGUGGAGCAAGUUGUUCUAGAAUACGAGAAAACCAUUCAGAGCUUAGAGUCGUCUCUUUCAAAUACUCGAUCCUCUCUGUCCAACACCGAAAGCUCCCUACUUGAACGCGAAAGCAAGUGCGCAUUUAUGGAGACUCUCAACGCACAACUACAGACUAGAGUACAGAAGUUGAUGGAGCGUGAGAACAGCACCGAACAUUAUCUUCAUGACCUUGAAUCCAGGCUCGACGGUCAUUCCACCGGAGAGGAGAAGAACUCUGCUCUUGUUAACGAACUGCGCAAAGAAAUUGCCCGUGCUCGCGAGAACGAAGCAGGAUGUGAAGACUACAUCUCAACUUUGGAGGAACGACUGGCCGAGGCUGAUCAGGACAUGGAGCUGAUGCAACGCGAGAUUAACAGACUCGAGCACGUCAUUGACCGUCAACGAAACUUGGGCAAACUGGACAACCUUCUAUAUGAACUUGACCAUAUUCAACAGAAUGGCAACAAAUCUCAAGUUCUCGAGUCCAAGCCUCCAGCAGUCAAAGACAUUCGAACAAACCGAGCUCGCGGCAAUACCCUCGAUAUUUUGACAGAAGCAGUGGAAACUGCUAUCCCCGAAGAUGACGACGAGGAUUUGGGUGAGGAUUCUGCAGGAAACGUGUUUUCUGAAGAAACCAGAGAACUAGACAUUUCCUCCGGUGACGAUGUUGAUGUCGUUGAAGAGGAGGCUUCCGAAGCUAAGGAGAUCGACGAGCAUAGCCAUAGCCCAGCUCAGUCAAAGUUCGUUGCUGAGAAGCUUGAGAAUGUCACCCAAGAAUUGUUGGACCUUCGGGUACAGCACGAGACGACGCAGAAUGAAUACGAUCUUCUUGCUGCAAAAUACGAAGAGGCAUUGCGCGCUAUGGCCGAAAUGCAAGAUCAGAUCGACUUCAGUCGCCACCCCGUAGGACCUAUGAAUGUUGACACUCCUGUCGACAGUUCCUCCCGGCCACAAUCUUUUUUAGAGAGCGUGAAGACCGAGGAAACCAAAACUGGCGGACAACAUUCAUCUUCUCGUUCGCUCUCUUCGGAGUUGUCCUCGGUCGAGCAGUCGGGGAUCUCGCAGGACACAUUUGAUACUACCAUCAUGUCAACACAGGAGGACGUCCCGAUUUCCAACGGAACUUCUCCACAGUCUGAAGAAGAGGUCAAGACUUUGCGUCAGCUUCUUCGCGAGCAUGAGGAGGGUAUGAAUCUUGUUGCUCAAAAAUAUGCCCAAUUAGAAGCCGAGCAUGACGAGACUCUCAUUCUCGUAGAGCAAUUGAAGACCGAUCUCCACAAAUCUCGAAGACCUCAAUCCCCAACAGCCUCCAGCCCAGGAGGUGCGUCAGUCAUUCGUAGAAUGACCAGCCAGAACCUUACGUCAACUGUGGACCGUGCCCACAGGUCUCUUGCGGCGCUACGAAAUAUUGCUUCCGAAGAGUUUGAACAGCGACCAGACACGAUGCAAAAUUUCGAGCAGAAUCUCAAUGCUGCCAUGCAUGAGCUCCAUAUUCGCAUGGAGCGUAUUCAAGCAUUGGAGGCCGAAAACACCAACGUCAAGAAGGAGAUGGAAAUGAAAGCUACAAUCAUCUCCGGUUUGACACGAGAACGCUCGAGUUUGCAAGGCGCCAAACCUAUGGAUAUGGCAAUGGUGUCUCAAAUGCGUGACCAAAUCUUCCAGCAGGAGAGCCAAAUGAGAGAAAUGCAAGAAGCCCAUGAGAGCCGAGAGCAAGAGCUUCGUGCUGAAAUCGAGAAGCUCACCUCGGAACUGUCCUCUCAUACCAAGAAUGAUCCUUCAGAAACCACUGUCGCCAAUGGCACCGUGUUGUCUGGAGAAUCUCUCGCCCGUAUUGCCCAAUUAGAGACUGAACUCGAUGAAUGGAAGGCUAGACACCAGACUGCCAUCGAGGCAUUGGAGGCGUCUGAACAGAAACUGCGUGAAACCUCGGCUGAAUUGUCAGCUGCACUCGCUACAGUUGACGCACUCCGAGCGGAGCACGCCGAUUCUCUUGAAUCAGUGACCAACGAAAAGGCUGCCCUCCUGCAAGGCCGCGAAGAAGAGAGGAAGCAACAAGAAUCUUAUGUUGCUCAUUUGCAAUCGGAGAUUGACGAGCACAAAUUCACUAUCUCAACGCAUCUCGCCGCAAUCUCCGAGCUCGAGGCGUCUCACUCCACCAUCCAAGACCAAUUGACACACCUCGCCUCCACCAAAGAGGCCAAUGAUGCCAACUCUGCGGUUUAUCAAUCACGAAUUGCUGAGCUCGAGGAUGAACUCGACUCACACAGGGCUCUUGUUGGCACUCAUGAUAGGGAAUUAGCUACUCUGCGGGAGACCCACGCCCAACAAUUGUCUGAACUGGAGAGCAGAUCCGCUGCUGUCGACUCUGCCAAGGCUGAUCACGAUUCUUUCAUUGCUCAGCUUAACGCACAACAUGACGAGACCCUCACAGCUCUGCGAUCAGAGAUUGCUGGCUCGAAGCAUGAUUUGACCGGGUUACUGAACUCGAUCUCCAGAGUCCUCGAGAUCGAAGUUACUCCUGUGACAGUUGGUGAUCAGCUAGAAGAUUUAGUCUCGGAGAAGCGUAGUCUUGAAAGCAAAUACGCCGAUCUGAUUGAUGCACACGAGGAUCUCCAAAGCCAACUAGAAACCCAGGGUGCUACUGCAGAGGAACCAAAGAUAUCGAAUGAGGAACAUGAAGCCAAGAUUACUAAGCUUGCAACGUUGGUCGCAACACUUGAGGAUAAGUUGAAAGAGAAGGAAGAACUUGUUAAGAAGAAGGAUGCUACCAUUGAGGAAAUUUCAGCUGAGAAGCAGAAGAGCGUCCGUCUGGUUGAAGAGCUCGAGGAGCAGAUUACCAACACUUUUGACCAACACCAUAACCGUCUUUCCGUUAUGCAGAACGAACGUCUGCAGGCGCUUGAAGAGGCUAACGUCAAGGUUGCCAACCUUGAACGAGAUGUUGAAACAUAUCAAGUCCGUAUCGAGCAGCUCGAGCUCCAACUGAAGAACAGCGGAACAGAAAUGACAAUGGACCGCACCAAUUCUCUCUCCUCUGUCCGCAAGAGUACUUCCACAACAUCCCUCCCCUCUCCUCCGCCGGCCAUCCCUCUCCCACCCUUGCCCAAUAUUGCUUCUGCUACUGCUGGAAAUACCAACAGCAUGUCUCCUCCCAGCUCUCGUCACGCUAGUCGCGAGUUGGUCAGCACUCAACUGAUGGAAGACCAAGAAGCUCGUAUCAAGACAAUUGAAAAGCAUCUCUAUGCCGAGAAGCAACUCACAGCUACACUGGAAGAAGCCCUUGGAGAUCUGGAGACUCAGAGCAACAAAAUCAAGGCCGACAUGGAAGCCUGGAAGAAGAAGGCUUGGCAGUAUGAAGAUGAGCUUCAGACUCUCCGGAAAGAGCGCAACUCCGCUCGCUUAUCUUUGCAAGCUGUUGAGGAAGAGCGCAGUGCUCGCCGUGAAGCCGAGGCUGCUCGUGCCCAAUUGGAAGAGCGCAUGAAUGCCAUCAACAAAAAGAAGAAGAAGAGCACCCUCAACUGCUUCUAA